GGGUGUUUGUGUUGUGCACUUUGAGGCACCUCUCCUCCCUCACACCUCGCUCCUCACCAUCCCUCCAUGUGGCACUUUCUCACAUCCCUCCUCCCUUCCUCCCUGAUGUCUCCCUCCCUUCUCCCUCCUCCUGUCUCCUUCUCUCUCAGCUGCUCCUGCUGUAAUAUCUCAGAGCCCUGGAAGGAGACAUAGAUUUCAGGAGGACUGCAGUGAGAGCUGUGGUGCCCUGCAUCUGUCUGCUCCUCAGCCCUCCCUUCUUCUGGCCCCAUCACUCAGUGAUUUGCGGUGGAUACCGGGAGCCAUACUAGGGGAAGGGGUCUCCCUGAGAGGGACACUUGACUAGAUCAUGAUCCCCCUGACAUAUCCAACAAGAGACUAACAACCUGAGGAUGGAGGAGAUGAGGGGAGCAGGCUGGGGGUCCAACACUGGCGACGACGGUGGAGAAAAGCCCAAGAGGAUGCCCCCGAUUUUCCUGCGAGCUCAAUAAGGAUCCCCCCCGGUCCUAACCCCCUGGCAUUCUGCAGCAAAGCCUGGGAAGCUGACUUAUCGGAAGAGAGAAUCUCAAUAAAAGUUGAACCAAGAUUUCUUCCAAGACUUUGACCUGUCAUUACUACUGGGCCAAGAUUUGCCCAUUUUAUGGUACAGUAAACAACAGAAUAACUUGAAGAGGCUUAAUGACGGUUUCCAGCCAUGCAAUGUUCUUGGAAGGCUGUCCUCUUACUAGCGCUAGCCUCCGUUGCUAUUCAGUACACAGCCAUCCGGACCUUUACCACCAAAUCCUUCCACAUGUGCCCAAUCCCUAACCCAAAUAACUGCACCCCCGGGCAAGACCCUACAGAAUCUCCCGAUCGUCUCUGUGAGGAUGGUCAGUUGAUAAUCUCUAAUAGUUCGAGAAAGACUCAUAUCCUUAUCUUGGCGACUACUCGCAGUGGCUCUUCCUUUGUAGGACAACUCUUCAAUCAACACACAGAUGUCUUCUACUUGUUUGAGCCACUUUACCAUGUUCAGUAUACCCUGAUACCCAAAAUGACUCCUAGUAAGAGCGCCACUGAUAGGCGAGUGAUGUUGGGUGCAAGCAGAGACCUUUUAAGAAGUCUAUAUGACUGUGACUUGUAUUUCAUGGAGAACUACAUAAAGCCACAACCAGUCAACCAUACUACAGACAGGUUAUUUAGAAGAGGAGCCAGCAAAGCUCUGUGCUCCCCACCAGUCUGUGAUGCCCUGGGACCCACCGACAUUUAUCUAGAAGAGGGGGACUGUGUUAAAAAAUGUGGAAGCCUAAAUUUGACCUUGGCAAUGGAUUCGUGCAAAGAGCAUGGACACGUGGCUAUCAAAACAGUGCGGGUCCCAGAGGUUAAUGACUUAAGAGCAUUGGUGGAAGAUCCCAGGCUAAACCUAAAGGUCAUCCAGUUGGUAAGAGACCCAAGAGGCAUAUUGGCUUCUCGUAGUGAGACAUUUAGGGACACUUAUAGGUUGUGGAGGAUCUGGAGGGCCACUGGUCGUAGACCAUACAAUUUGGACAUAACCCAGCUGACAACAGUCUGUGAGGACUUCUUAAAUUCUGUGUCAACAGGGCUAAGCCGGCCUCCUUGGUUGAAAGGCCGAUACAUGCUCUUGAGAUAUGAAGAUCUGGCUAGGAACCCCAUGAAAAAGAUGGAGGAGAUCUAUGACUUUGUGGGUAUUCCACUGGAUGUCAAUGUCGAAAGAUGGAUAAUGAAUAACACUCGAGGAGACCAGUCUUCGGCCAAACACAAAUAUGGCACAGUACGGAACUCUGCCGCCACAGCUGAAAGCUGGAGACUAACAUUAUCAUAUGACAUUGUAGAAUUCACCCAGAACGCCUGUCGACAAGUACUGGUCCAACUGGGUUACAAAACUGUGAGUUCUUCCCAGGACUUGAGGAACCUUUCCUACAGCCUCAUUGAGGACAGAUCUUUUACCCCUUUUUUGUGAUAGUUAAUUUAAUGGUAACAAAAGACUGAAGAUAUUACCAACAACUGAGAGAAUAAUGUUGGAAAAAUAUAUUUUUUAUACGAGAUUCCCCUUCUUCUUCUUGUUUCUUGCUCUGGGGAAAAAAAGUAAAUAAAAUAAAACAAUAAAAGUUGCACUACCGAGGGAGGGGGGUCAUAAAGCACAUGAAACAAAAUGAGGGACUAUACCUCUGCGAAACUUGAAAAUGUUUUAGUAGUUCAGUUCAAUAUAAAAAGGAUCAUAAAAAGGUCAACAAUGUUCUGACCGAGACUUCAUGGGACGUCAACCAUGGAGAGGCACUGGUUGGUCAGCAGUUGCCAUAACACUAUCGAGCUAACUUCCAUAGAAUAAUGGUAUGUAGAAGGUUUCCUUGUCCCCAUAGGUCACAAUAGUUUCUUAUAUGGUUGCAGAGGGUGUUAUAAUGUUUACAUAAACCAAAACACAAGGUAUAUUCCUCUGAUGUGUACGACUGCACUGACUGUCUGGUCUAUACUGUACAGGACUCCGGCUGAAGGAAUUUGCACAAAUAUUUUUUGAUCAUGUUGUAUUAUUUAUAAAUGUUUAUAAAGAUGCAUUGAAGAUGAUUAUUGUGUCUUUUAUGAUUGGGAUCUGUAGAACUGACACGGAAAAUUAUAUGGAUUUAUAUAUGUAACAUUUUCAAAAUAAAGAGGAAGUCAGCAAGUAUAAUGCUUCAUAAAUGGUAAUA